UGAUGAAAUACUAGUAUGAAAAGACAAUUUUAUUUACAGCUGAGCAACGAAACAAACUGCAGGAGGCUGGAGCGGCUUGACGAGCGUCAGACGCGCACAUGUCUGACGCCUCAUCACGGGGACCGGCACCGUGAUCGCGGUCUGCUCCGAGGAAGUGGGUCAGUCGGAGGUGUGAUCUCCUACGUGGCCUCCUGCAGUGGCUCUCCGACCCGGACCAGCCCGCUCUCCAUGUUCAGCGAGAACUCCAACUCCCAACCCUGCUUCACCUCCUCCUCCUCCUCCUCCUCCUCCUCCUCCUCUUCAGGCUCGUCAGCAGAGGAUGGCUCCUCGCCACGGCGCCAGGACGAUGGUGGCUCUCUGAGGGCGUCGCCCAGCAAGUCUGUGGCCAGUCUGAACAAGCUGAACGGCAUGGUGCUGCUGUGUAAAGUUUGUGGAGACGUCGCUUCAGGUUUCCACUACGGAGUCCACGCCUGUGAAGGCUGCAAGGGCUUCUUCCGCCGCAGCAUCCAGCAGGACCUCCAGUAUAAGGUGUGUGUGAGGAAUCAGAGUUGCAGCAUCCUGAGGACCAACAGGAACCGCUGCCAGCACUGUCGCCUCAAGAAGUGUCUGUCUGUGGGCAUGAGCCGGGACGCGGUUCGUUUCGGUCGGAUCCCAAAGCGUGAGAAACAGAGGAUGUUGGCUGAGAUGCAGAGCGCCAUGAACAACAUGGUGAACGACCAGCUGCAGAACGACUUCCAGCUCGCCCGCCUCUCCUCCUGCUCCUCCUCCUCCUCCUCCUCCUCCUCUCCGUGCCCGGGGGUCACCAUCGCCCUGCAGCCCCAACCCUCGGCGCUGCCUCUCGCUCCGUCCCCCCCCUUGGCUCCUGCCUCCUCUUCCUGCUCCUCUUCCCCCCCUCCCAGCCCCGGCAUGAUCUCCACCAUCAGCGCCAUCGCCCGUGCUCACCGUGAGACCUUCCUGUAUGCUCAUGACAAGCUGGCGAGCCCCACUAUGCAGAACAACCAUGUCCACCGCGAUGGGGAGGCAGAGCCCAACCGCUGCUCCAACAGUUACCACGCCAAUGGCCUCAACACCAUCUAUCACCAUAACAACAACCAGGGCAACCUCAUGCACCACCAUCACCAGGGCAACGGGAGGCGGAGCCUGCAUCACGGUAACGUGAUUGACUCAGACGGGCUGGACGAUCACGUGACCCAGAACUGUCCAAUGAGGCGGCCGGGGGUCGUCCUGGCCUGUCCCAUGAACAUGCAACCUCAGGCCGACCCGUAUCGGACCCCCCAACAGGUCUGGGAGGACUUCUCGCUCUCCUUCAGCCCCGCCGUCAGGGAGGUGGUGGAGUUCGCCAAACAGAUCCCAGGAUUCAGUUCUCUGACCCAGAAUGACCAGGUGACCCUGCUGAAGGCCGGAACCUUCGAGGUGAAUGUCUCGGUGCUGAUGGUGCGCUUCGCGUCGCUCUUUAACGUGGAGGAGCAGACGGUGACCUUUGUGUCCGGCGCCACCUACAGCCUGGAGGAGCUGGGGGACACGGGCCAGGACGGGCUGCUGGGAGCCAUGUUCACCUUCAGCCACAGACUGGCAACUCUGGAGCUCAGCGGCCAGGAGCUGGGGCUGUUCACCGCUGUGGUGCUGCUGUCUGCAGACCGGUCUGGGAUCGAGGACGUGGCAUCGGUGGAACGGCUGCAGGAGAACCUGAUCCGGGCGCUGCGCUCGCUGACCAGCAGGUCGCACGGCAUCACCGCCAGCGACCAGCUGAACCUUGACUCGCCACGCUUCACAAAGCUGCUGCUGAAGCUGCCCGACCUGCGUACACUCAGCAGCCUGCACGCCGACAAGCUGCUGUCCUUCAGCAUCCACGCCUGAUGACCUCACUGAUGACCUCACUCAUGACUGUGAUUUCACGUGGUGCUUUCUUUUUUAAGUGACGUCACUUGAUCCUCGUCGAAGUGCUGAUGAUGUCAUCGCUGCUGUUCUGGCUGACGCUUUACAGACUGGCGCGUUGAUGAUGUCAUCAACUGGACUGUUUAGCUCACCGCCAAAAUAAAAGUCUGUAUCUUGCAGAGCGGCUGCCAGGCAAGUAAAAGGGACAGUAUGACAUUAAUAAAGUGGUUCAGCAGCUGUUAGCCUAGCUUAGCACGAGCAACCCAUUAACAUGAAUAACACUUAAAUUCUUGCUGUUUUAGUUUUAUUGGGCUAACAGUUUCCCCCUGCUGCCAGUCUUAAUGCUAAGCUAGGCUAACAGUUUCCCCCUGCUGCCAGUCCUAAUGCAAAGCUAGGCUAACAGUGGAAACAUCCAGAACUUCCAGACGUUGUGAUUUGACGCCGUCUGAACUUUGUCGUCCUGCUGAACAUUUGUUUCUGACCAAUAGAACGACGGGACGGCUGUGAAGGACAGCUCCACAGACCAAUGAAACGGAGGGAUUCUCAGCUGAUCUUCUGAACAAAAAAAAUAAACUUGUAAAUAAAAACUAAGAAUCCACUGAAGCUUGAGGCGUCUGAAGAACAGUUUGACACAUAAAGAUAUAUUAAACAUAUUUUUGGUUGGC